AUGCAAUCUCAAGUAAUUAAGCAAUUUUCGGUUUUUACGAGACGAUAUAUCUUCGUGCACGAAAAAACAUUGCUCAAACCAAAGGUGGAGUGCUUCCUGGACAACCCCGGGGUGCUGAUGUACGGCAUGAUGUGCGUCGUCUACACGACCGGGAUGUGGCUCCUGCUCGCGUCCUACCUCGCGCUACCCGUCUCCACCACCCACGCCACAAUCGGCGCAAUGAUCGGAAUGACCGUCGUCUACGGGGGUGCGGGGUGCGUUGUGUGGUUCCAGGAGUCCGACAGCUUUCCGUACGUCAAGGGAGUGGCUGCCAUCGCAGUGUCCUGGGUCCUGUCUCCGAUCUUCUCGGGAAUUGUAUCUCUCCUGGUGUUUCUGACGGUCCGCGCCUUCGUGCUCAGGUCUCCCAACGCCUUCGGCCGGUCCUUCUGGGUGUUCCCCAUCUUGGUCAUGGUCGCUAUCACCGUCGAUGGUGAGGCUUGA